GCUACGGCGCCUCCACCCGCAAAACGAAAAAGUCCGAGCGCCGCAGCCGGCGAUGGUCAAAGUCAGUCCACACGGAGAGCUCGAGUCGAGUAGAGGCUAGUCCAGGUCAGUUGGCCGGAGAUUCAUCGAUCCGUCGAUCCCGGCACCUGUCAAACUCGCGACAACUCGUGCGACUUUCGGUGUGACUUCUUCCAGUUCGUGACGUUUAUCUGUUCUUUUUCCUGACCGGUGCCACACAGUGCUACCGGGCCACCAGAAGGAGUUACGACCCUUUCCAGUGCGAAGAUCCAGACAGUUUUUGGGGACCGCGAGAUGCAAACAGACUGAGAGACAAGAGUGAUACAGUGAAGGGUAUAAGGGUCUAUCGAGGGUGUUCAAUCGCGGUCUAAGAAUGACAGUACUAAGGAUGACCUCCCCGGUGACGCCUCCAUCGACCAGUCCAGGUUCCAACGAGGCGCAGGCACCCCAGGCGACGUCGAAGCCGGUGCAUCGAUUGAGCUUCUCCGUCGCUGCGCUGUUGGCCGACACCAAGAAGUCCGACUCCAGACAGGAGACGUCCUCGGUGUCACCCAGGUCGUCACCCAUCGCCUACUCGCCCGUCAGGCAGGAACACCUGUCGAUCGCGCCGAGUUCCACGUUGCAGAAGUACCCGAGCGACUACAGGACAAGGUACCUCUCCGUGUCACCCGGGAUCCAGGAGCACAGGUCGAGUCAGUACGUGUUCUGCGACGCGUCCAGGAGCGUGAUCGACGCGAGGACGUCCGGCAGGUUCUCGGAGGAGUUGGACAGGGAUUCACCUCGUCAUCGAGCAAGGAGCAUCGAUUACGCGGUCCAGACGUCCACCGAUUCGGGAUCCACGUCGGAUGCGGUGGCUUGCUCUUCCUCGCCUAAAGUCUCCACGGUCAGCCAACCGGAGUUUGGUCCACAGUCGCCCAGAAGCAGCUCGCACGAAGCCAGGUCCAGGUGCUCCGAGACCGAGGACAUCGAGGAAGACGACGAAAACAGCUUGGUAGACGUCGAGGACCUGCAGCAUCAGCAUCAGAGCACCAGUCCUACGCCAGUUAGGCCAACCCCGGCUUACAUCGGAGGGUUUUCCAGCCUGGGGAGCAUCUCCGGCAUCCCGGCUGGGUUGCAUCCCGCGGUUUGGGGUGGCGGUCAUCAGGGUGCUGCCGCAGCAGCGGCCGCUGCCGCCGCGGCUGCCACGGCCACGUUCUUUCCGUCACACUUUUCGCAUCAUGCACCCCUAAAUGAGAACGGAGAACCGGCCAAGAUCAAGUGCAACCUGAGGAAACACAAGCCGAACCGGAAGCCGAGGACACCUUUCACCACGCAACAAUUGCUGGCGCUCGAGAAGAAGUUCACCGAAAGGCAAUACCUCAGUGUCGCUGAGAGGGCGGAAUUCUCCUCGUCGCUUCAUCUCACCGAAACUCAGGUGAAGAUCUGGUUUCAAAAUCGACGCGCGAAAGCGAAACGGAUGCAGGAAGCGGAGAUCGAGAAAUUGAGGAUGUCGGCGGUCAGGCAACACCACACGGCACUGUACGGUUCUCAUCCGGGACUAUUGGCCCCGGCCAGCCUCUAUCCCGUUGGAAUGCUGUCUCAUCCCGGUUUAACACCGCAUCACCCGAUCUCUCAACACCCGUCCAGAGAAUGAAGGCGACCGGAACACACGGAGACCCUCCAAGAUCGGUAGCGAACAAACGAUUUCCUUUUGGAAUUAUUACUGCACCGGAAAAUCGAUUCCUCACGUGCAAAUGUGAUUCCCCGAAUCACCGAGUGAUCGAAGGUUCGAAAUGUGGAGUAUAAAAAUAAGAAUUAAUGGGAAAGUUGAUCGGAGUGAAAUUUGUGGGAGAUCGAAGCAAAUCAGAGAUGGAAAUGUGGAUUUGAAGAGAACUGAGAUUUUGAGAAAUCGGAGAUUAUUUCUGGAUGAGCGUUCACGAAGCGGUAGCCAGAUCGAAGCAGUGUUUGGAUAUCAAAUUUGAUGAAAGUACAGACCAGAAAAAAAUAAAAAAUCGCAACCAGAAUUGGACCAAAGGAAAGUCUAACCAAAGGAUCAGACAAUCGCAACGUGAAUUUUAUUUUCGUGAGCUUCAUGGACACUCGAAGCGAAUUCGUCCGAUUGAGGACAAGAGAAAAUAAAACGGAUUUCCAUAGAGAAGCCGGAAUGUAUCUGUGCCAAUUUUAGACGAGUCCUUUUAGAACCGUCUUUGUACAUAGUCUGUAAAUAUCGUCGUUCUCGAGCUGAAGGUAAUUCUGUAAAUACGAUGUCCGUAGAUUAACGCGAGGGGACGGUGGAUCGAAACCGCCGAGCCUUUUUCCAAUUUUGUAUAAAUGUAAAACCGUCGAGAAGAGUAGCAGAGUUUAUUUAAUAAAUCACAGUAUAGAAGCACAA